AAGGACUAAAUAUCUGACCCUGCUUAUUCUUUGAGAUCUGUAACUUAACAUUUGGUCUGUCUUGAAGCUGUCUGCUCCUGUCCUUUGCUUUCACGUGCAAGUAGAAAGCAAAACCUGGUGUCUGUACUGUUUGUAUGUGGUAGGUACAGUACAGCCAGUCCUCUGGGCUCUUAAAGCAGGUUUCUUUAAUUUCACACAGCCCACAGAGGCAUUACUGGGUUACAGAAAGGUGUUUCAGACUUGCAGAUGCCUUUUGCAGACUACUAGACAUGUUGGUGUCUUCCUUAGCAGUAAGUUUUGCAUUCCUGUCUGGAUGCCAGGGGUGCUUCUAGAGCUGAGCAUCCUCUGGCUUACAGUAAGAUACCUAAUUAGCUCACGUGAACUGCAGGUAUCUUCUUGGAGUAAGUGAAGAGAAAUAUGUGUCAAGGGAGGGAUUUGAGCAAUUUAUGAAGUCUGUCUCUAAACAAGAUGAGUCAUCCCAAAGUGUGCAUCCUCUGCAUGUCAGUUUGUGCAAAGGUCAGGCUUGGGCAUUUAACAUCUGAACACCCAAAUGAGCACAGAUGUUUUUAUGUAAGAGCCACGUGAGCACUAUCACUGCUAUACCUGAGCUUCUGAGCUCCUUCCAGCUCCUACUGGCUUCAGUCUUUCUAGCAGCUUUUUGGCUUGCAGACUGUUCUGUUAUCCUUCGUUAUCCAAAUCUCCCACUUUGCCUUUUCCUCCUUCUCUCUUUUUCAGAUCUUUAAACCUUCAGACUAGUUUAAAUUCAUGAGAUAUUUCUGAAGUAUAAUGUAAUUAAGGGAAGUAGCUAAUACUUGGAACACUAAAUAACCCAUAUGGUUUUUAAAAGUGCAUGAGAACAGGAAAAAAACCCAUGACAAUACAUGGAAGGAUAGCAUGAAGAGGGAACCCAGAUUCCCUGUUAUUUGUCUCUAACAUGUGUGCUGAGCAGUAUUAUUUGAAAAAAAUAAAUCUUAUAAAUAUCCUAUGACAUUUUAUAAUUUCUCUGUUGAAUGUUUCUCAGUGUUCUUGUAUUCCUGUAGCCAUUUCAGAGCUGUAGUGUUCGCUGUAAACGUUUACAGAGCAAGUUACAUUUAGAGCAUUGAGUUUCAUGAAAGAGGAAAGAACCAUAAAGAAAAUGUGGCAAAGAGAAUUAGUGAGAUUAAGAAGAAAAGCUUGGAAAAGGCAAAAGAAGAAGAAAACAUGUCAAAAGAAUUUGCAGCAAUGGAGGAGGCUGCAAUGAAAGCAUAUCAAGAGGAUAUGAAAAGGCUUGGAAUUAAGCCAGAAGAUGUAGGUUCCAGUUCAACACAGAGUAAAAUACAAAGUAACACAGUGGAAACUAAAGGAAAGAAAGAAAAGAAAGAGAAGAAGGAAAAGAAAGAAAAGAAAAAAAAGACUCCUCAGGAUGCCUCAAUGCCACCAAAAAUUGAAACGAAGGAGUGGGUGCAAGGGUUAUCUCCUGAAGGCUAUACAUACUACUACAACACAAAAACUGGAGAAUCACAGUGGGAGAAACCUAAAGGAUUCCAAGGCAACUCUCAAAAUUCACCAACGGGAGCAGAGUGGGUGGAAGGUGUCACUGAAGAUGGUCAUACCUAUUACUAUAACACACAAACUGGAGUAUCCACAUGGGAGAAACCAGAUGGUUUUGUUUCAUCUUCAAAUGAGAAGGGUCAGCGUGACAAGCCUGAAGAAACAGCAUCUGAAUCAGACUCAGAAGAUAGUGAGAAGGAAGUAGAGAGUUCAGAAACAAACUUCAAGAGGAAAGGAGAUAAUGGUGAAGAGUCAGAGGAAGGGAAAAAAUCUCCUAAAGCUAAAAAGUUAAGCCCUUAUGGGAAAUGGCGAGAAGUUAAGUCAGAAGAAACCGUGGACAAAGAGGAGAGUACAUCAGCUUCCCAAGAAACCUCUAGUGAUGGAUCCAACAAGACCAACCCUUAUGGAAAAUGGAAAGCACUUAAGGAAGUAGGGGAAGAAGAAGAAGAAGGUGAAAAAGUGGACCUGGAGCUUCCAAGUACAGAGAGUGACAAUGUAGCACCCCCAGUGCUAGAGGAUCCAGAAGAGGAAACAGUCGUAUUUAAAGAGAAGACAGUCACCUCCCUUGGAGACCUGACAGAAGGGGUGCCAACAUUUAAGAAGAGAAAAUUUGAAAAUGGAAAAUCUAGAAACUUAAGACAAAGAAUAAGUGAUCAGUAAUACUUAACAAAUUAUUUUAGAUUCUGCUUAAGCUAGAGUGAAUCAAAAGUUUAAUAUUUUAAAUGGGCUUUUAUAAAGAAAAUGUUGGAUAGAAGUUAAGGAUUUAUAGGUAUUAAAACACAUGUGAGUUUAAUAUUUUUUUAUUUUAUUUUGGUGUGAUUGGUUUUGGAGUGGAAGUUUGUAAUAUUGUAAAUACCCGUAUUCUUUAUUUUAACCAUGCCAUCCAAGUUCUAUUUGCUCUGUGUAUGCUGUUUUAAAUACAUUUCAUAAGGUUUUUUACUCCUUUUCUACGUAUGUGAGAAUGUAGCAAUCCUUAAUCUGACAAAAAUGAAGCAGACCUUUUAUUUUCGUAUAGGAACUGGAUCAAUAGAAUAUACUAGAGAGUAAAAUCAUCCCCCAAGAUUGUUUAUGUGGUGUAGUUUCUCCACUAAUGAGUAAAAUAUUGUGCUUACUAACCUUCGUCUGAUUGCUUGCAAAAGAGUGGGUGGUGAGACUGCCAACAUUUCAAACUGAUCAUUUGGAAGCUGUUUUUAGAAGAGUUAGUCACAUCAGUGCCACCAAUUCCAAAUGAUGUUCUGAAAAAUUAUUUGUGUAUGUGCAUGGUAAAUAUAUUGAACCUCUGCAGAAGAUUUAACCCUGAUGAAUCCUAACUUACAGUAACAGCACCAGAGCCACCGCUGUUGGAGUAGGUACUUCUGUGAUGUAUCCGUGUCUCCUGCUUUAUUGUUGUCUACUUUUACUUAUCGAGUUUUCUUUUUUAGUCUUGCUUUCUUUUUGUGUCUUUCCUAGCAAAAAAAACACUUGCCUGAUACUUUAAUGAAAAAAAUACUCUAGAGACUUGGCCCUGGUACAGAAUACAGGACCAUUUUUGAGGUGAUUGUGUUUUCUCUGUUGAUAAGAGGUGUGUGUUUUAUAGUUGCAGUGCUUGAUAAGCUGAGAGAGCCUAAGUGUGUUGAAGCUUCGUCAUUCUCAGUACCAUAGGGAAAGAAACCAGAAGACCAGCAGAGCUGAUGGCUGUAGAGUCCAAGAUGACUUGGACAUUUUCUUAAGGAUUGUUAAUUUGAUUUCUUUACUUGGUGGGAUUGAUCUGCAUAUAGCAUCACGAGGAUUUGUUUUCUGUGUCAGAAUAUAGCUGCACUCAUUGCUUCUCUAGCCAUCAAACAGUGAACCGUAAAGGUCCAGAUAAUUAAUCUGCUGAAAACUAUGUCUCUAUUCUUAAAGCUCAGGGUGUUUUGUUCAGGAGAGUCUCAGUCAAAAAAAAAAAAAAAAAGAAUACAGCUAAGGCAGUUGUCAAGAGUCCAGCAAAAUAGAGUUGGUAACUGCUGAGCUUGAAUUUCUUUGAGAAAACAACUAUUAAUCUGUUGGCUCAAUAGAGAAAGGAGUUUAAAACAGGUAAUCUGGUUUAUUGUGUACUAGAAGUAGUAGAAGUUUUUUUCUAUUCUGUGACUUUUACUGUAUGUUUAGAAGAGAAUUAAUUAUUGUAUUUAAUUCCAUGUGUUGUUUUGGCUUCCUUAGGAUUGGUGUAUUUUGUAUGAUGUUUGUUCUGAUAAAUUUGAAAGUUUACUGUAAUAUUGAUCCUGGAUUAUCAUUUAGAGAUGCAGGACACAUGAAGGAUGCUUCAAAGUCUGAGAUGCAGGAAUGUACAACAUGUACUCCAACAUGUACAGGAGAGAGUUUCUUAAUCAGAUUUUUUAGGGUUUGUUUGAACAUUACUCUGGGAACCUGCUCUAGUUUCCUUGUGUUUGUGGCCAGCUUGCUCCUCCAAUUUAUACAAGUCCUGCCCUUGAGUUAAGUAGCUUUCCUUCAUCUUGAAUCCAUCACAUCUUCUCUCUUUGAAAUCACAAACAGCGUCCUUGUGUGACAGGAUCUUCAGUGUCCCAUCAGUGCUUUUCUUCACGCAUUCCAGCCUGAGUCUGCCUGGACUACUACACUUGCCUAGAUGGGUUUCCUUGGACUAGUUCACCUCAAUUAAGGCCACACAUAAUGUCACCAAUACUUCAUUAGUAUAUUGGAAUUAACUCUUGAUACAUCCCUAAACCUCAUUUGCUUUUUACAUGACCCCACAUGCUGUCUGCCACCAUUAUCAGUGACUUACCACUACAUCUGAUUCUCUCUGCUCCUUUGCUUUUGCCAGUUGCUGAGUUACCAGCUGGUCGUGCUUUCCUUUCAAGCACAAUUCUUUUUUUUCUCAGACUUUUUUUUGUACUGCUGUACUCAUUCUCCUUCUGUUACUGCAAGCCUAUGCAUUUAACUAUGAUUUCUGAAAAGUUGUUUUUGUUUGUUAGUACAGUUUUAUUGAAUAGUAUAGUAUAGGGUUUUCUUCUAUGCUCCACUUUUAAUAUCCUCUGAGGAAGAUAGCUUUCCUUUUUUACUGACAUUCCCGAAAUACUAGCAUCCUUUCUUUAAAAUGUUUUGUUACUUUGAAGUGGUCACAGGCAGCAAUUUAAGAUACCUGUAACUAAAUCUCUUGAGCAGAUGUUUAAAGACAUCUGAAAAUGAGUGUUCAAAACUUGUUUCUUUGUGGAGCUGCUGUUAGUUGUAAUAUGAACCAAAGGUCUUUGUAUUGUGUUAAAUAGACAAACCAGAACAUUAGGAAAGAAGAUUAAGUUUUCUUUGCUCACAGCUAGUAAAGUCAGUUUAAAUACCAUACAUGUGGUUUUAGCUGAUGUGACUUCUAAAGCCUGCAUUUCACAAAGAAAUACAGCACUUUGCUCUCUACUAUGUCUUAACGUCAGAGACCAGUUAAUUCUUUGCUCUCAAGUGUAAGUUAUUAAAAGGGCCAGUUGAAUGAAUUUUAAUAUAUCCUAAACAAUUGUUUAAUUUUUCACCAUGCUGUCAUUCAAUUUCCUUACCUGAUCCUGUGUAUCUAAAACAUUUUCUGCUCUACACAAAAAUGCUGUCUUGUGUGAGAUUUAAGGCAGACGUUUCUUUUCCAGGACAUCUGUUUUGCACAGAUCUCCCUCCCUUCUGUCCUAUCUCCCUGCAAACCCUUCUGCUUUUAGAAUUUGCUGUAGGAACCCUCUAGGUAUUGCUAGUUACGCUCCUCAUCUGCUAACCCUUCUUUGGGCUGCACUGGCUUUUGACAAAGGAAUGUUCCUUUUACUGUUUCAGCCAAGUGCUCUCUUUUCUGGCUGAUCUAUUUUCUAUCAGACAGAGUGGUUUUAUCUGCUUGCCUGUUUUUAUUGCAAGCUCCUUGACUGAGGACUGCACACUUGGUUUUAUAUGAUGUCAUAGACAUUAUGAGCAUUAUGGGGAGAGCCAGAGAGCAGAGGGGAGUCAAAUUGCAAUUUCUGAUGAUGAUGAUUUCUUCUGUGUGGUUUCGAGCCAGUCAGUUCCCUGCUCUGUAUUUUUCUUUCCUUGCCUCAUGUUUUCACCAACCUUGUCUGCUUAGAAAGGCAGCUUCACAGCAUAAGACCUUGUGUGUAUUUUUACAGCAGGGCCUGCCUAAAGUUGGUGAUGGUUUUAGAAGCAAAUAUAUUGCAUAUACAGAAAAAAGAAAAAUUAUUUUGUUGGGCAUUUGCUAUGCCAGGAGUUGUGCAGAGACUGCUCAAUUUUACCCAUGGUAUAGAAUAAUCCUUGUUCCUAUUUAGGCUAAAAUACAUUUUAAUGUUUCACCUGGGGAUUUGUAGGUUUAAAUCCACACUUUCCUAAUAGGGUAAAGUUUUUUUUGACCCUCAUAGAUAAAAUCUGGGCCUGCAGCAUCAUCCAGUUCUGAUACUCAGUUUUAGAAGUGGGAGGGCUGGUCAUGACAUGGAUCUGAGUUAAAAUCACUAACCUGUGCAUAUAUAAAAACAUUCCUCCUUUUUUCAUUUUUCUUCCCUGAAAAAAAUUUUAUUUCAGUGCAAAUUUUGGCAUCUCAGAAAGGGAGUAAAAAACAAUUUCAUGCUGCUUGGUUUCUUUGAUUUGUUUUUUGAGUUGUGUCUCCCCUUUUUUAGUACUUUUUUAUUAUCGCUGUCUUCCCCCAGUAUUCUCAGAUAUGCAAAAUCACUGCUGUGCUGUGUUUCUGGUGUCCUCCUUCUCCCCUGCUCUGCUGAGAUUUCCAGACACCUUAGAGCUCUUCUGUAGGCACCAUCUGUCCAGGUCCCAGCUCCCAUGAGCACUUCUGCUGCCUGUUUGCACUGUGCCCUGAAGAACCCAGUCUGUUUUCCAACAAUACACAAGCUGUUCCAAGACCUGACUAUAUGUGCUCUUUUGAUUUCCUUGAUAAUUACUUUUACCAAGAUAGAUUCCAUUCCAUUCCAUUCCUUGUACAGGGUUUGCAGCCCUUAGAGCCUUCUGCUUGUUGGUACAAAAGCUGUCUCUAUACCUCCUAUCAGUUGUGGCAACUCUUGGGUUCUGUUUUGUCAGCCAGCUCUCUUCAGUCUCUCUUCUAUCUACCUCUUAAUGCCCCAACCUUCUACCUGCUAAAUUAUUUAACUUAGAAUUUGUGUUAACAUUUGUGUGAUUAACAGGUUUAGCUUUGUGAAAUGUUUCAGGAUAGAACUUGAAUAAAAGUUUCUGUACAAAGUAAAAAGUCUUGCAAAUUAUCAUCUCAAAAAAGUUAAAUUUGCCCAAGAUGAUUCCCGGAGUCAGAUUUCAGAGAUUCCUGGAGAAUUUGGGGAAUUCCCAGGAUUCUCAAAAGCAGAUUUGAUUUUACCUGUAAAACCAUAAAUAGCCUAUGUUAAAAACCAGCAGACAAUGUUUUACAGACCAUGAGCUGGAGACAGUGGAUUUUAAUGACUUGCUUGGGAUGAUUGAAAUGCGUUUGUUUUAGUUUAUAAGUAAUGUCUGCAAAGUAACAGCUGGUUUCUCUUCUCAGUUCCAAUUACAAAAUAUUGCAGGCUCUUGAAGUGGAAUUUAUAUGAAAAUACUGAAUAAAGCUUUCCUUUGAACAAUCUGCAUUACCAUCCUGCAUCCAUUCAGGGGGUUUAGGGCGAUCUGGGAGAUUUAGGGGUGCAGAUCCUGUUCAAAAUGGGCCCUGGGGUAAAUAUAAACUAAAAUAGGUCUGUAAAUAUGGAAAUGCUUCAUAAAAAUAAAUAAAUUUAAAAAAUAAAUAAUAAAUAUUUUAUUUUGUGGCUA